CUAAUCAUAGCUAUUUAUCGUCGRCACAACCUAACUCUUCAGGGGGCAAUUCCAAGAAAUGUCCCAUGUGAACCUCUUCUGUCAUCGGCGGUGGCUUGGUCCAAAGGAAGUCGGUAACCUACUGGGUAACCUACCGUUACCGGAGUGUUUCCCUGACGCACGGUAGAGUUAUGAGACGGCAGCGAAUCGCAAUAUAAUACGCACGGCAUCCUGAUCCUGUGCAUUCUCGCGGGAGAAAGCAAGCUGUUCACAGCAGCAUUGCGCAUAACAUCGGUGUCGAUUGACUUACAAUCCAGUGCAAGUAGCAGCGCAGCGCAACACCAAAUACCAUGGACGUAUUGAUUCUAAUCGGGAUCGUGAUCUUGGUGGCUGUCCUUUUCGUGGACUGCUUGGUCCGUCUCGCAAUCGUAUGGAACAUGCGGAAACGGAGGCGUGCCRUAAAGCCACUAGGCGCAGGCGACGCACCAGAACGCGACGUCAACGCACGGCGUGGUGACGAGCAUGGGCAUGGGCAUGGGCAUGGGCAUGGGCAUGGGCAUGGGCAUGGGCAUGGGCAUGGGCAUGGGCAUGGGCAUGGGCAUGGGAAUGGGAAUGGGAAUGAGCAUGAGCAUGAGCAUGAGCAUGAGCAUGAGCAUGAGCAUGACAACGACCACGACGAUAGCGCAGAGGAAAACGGAAGGGGAGUCCGGGACCAAUACAACGAACGACACCGCCGAGGCGCUCUCGAGGUUUGAUCGAACCAAACAACCCCGCUGUACUUCGACGAUUCGAUUUGUUGAYUUGAUCGAGAAGUUUCUGUAGAGACAACCCGAAAUCUAAGCAAGGGAGAGUAUAUCUCCACUCUUCCGUCCAUCCAGCGAACCAUCUAUUCACGGUCGAAUGUUGGCCGGGGGUGUUUCCGGAAGAAUUCCGACUCGCUUUGCUUCCCUUGGGCGUGGUACGGUGCCCCACCAACACAKCCGCCAGAACCAUACCAAACCGCUGUGCCUCGUUGCUCUGUGCUAGAUGCCCCAUCCWGUGACCGGGGAUACAAACCGCAUCUCGUAGUGUUUUGU